AUGUCGACCAGCCACCACGGAGACCUGAUGCUUCAGCAUGAUUUGUGUGCUGUUUUUGUCCAUGCUGGAGCAGGAUACCAUAGCAGGGAGAAUGAAAUGAAGCAUUUGGAAGUUUGUGAACUGGCCGUCCAGAGUGGGAUGACCGUCCUGCGCCAUGGCGGAACAGCUGUUGAUGCAGUGGAGAUCGCUAUCAUGAUCAUGGAGAACGCGCCUAUCACGAACGCGGGGUAUGGGAGUAACUUGACCGAGAAAGGUGUUGUGGAGUCCGAUGCCACGAUCGUUGACCAUUUUGGACGCAGUGGUGCCGCAGGUGCCGUUCCUAAUGUCAAGAACCCGAUCCAACUGGCCCGCUGUAUCUAUGAGCAGACGCAACGUUCUCCCGGCUUGCAGCGAGUGCCUCCCAAUCUCCUCUGUGGUCAGGGUGCGUCGGACUUCGCUUGGCACAACAAGAUCGCCAUCGUUCCCAGCGAGUUUCUGGUCACCCCUGCUUCGCAACAGCGAUGGCAAACGUGGUCCAAUGAAAUAGCUCAAUAUGAGCGCGAGAAUGGUCCGUCCGAACAACAAACCAAUCCCUUCAUUCGCCCCCGACCCCAGUUUAGUCCUCAAAUCUCGGUGAUGUUUCCGGGAAUUCAGCAAUCCAUGAGCGCCGCUCGGGACAUCAGUGCGGAAAUGUCCGGCGAUUCCCUGAAUGGGGAGCCGUCAAGCAGCCUUGAAAUGGACGUAACUCCUGACGACGAUAGUUCUGACUACCAGAUCCAUACUGGACAAACCGGGCCGCUGGGAACCUUGGAGCUUCGUCCAAUUUCUGCUGGGGGCAUCCAGACUCAGAAUGAAGACGACAUCUCCGACACCGUUGGGGCAAUCGCUAUCGACCGGUUUGGCAACAUUGCUGCAGGCUCUUCUUCCGGGGGUAUCGGAAUGAAGCAUCAAGGCAGAGUUGGACCUGCUGCACUCAUCGGCAUCGGAACUCAUGUCGUACCCGCUGACCCGUGUGAUAUUGAAAAGACUACCGUUGCUGCUGUGACUUCGGGAACGGGGGAACACAUUGCUUCGACACUUUCUGCCAGCAUAUGUGCACAACGUCUCUAUCACAACCAGCGAGUCGACGCUAUGGGUAGACUCGAGACUGUAAACGAGGAAGACGCCCUCAAAGCAAUGCUCAUGAACGAAUUCAGCAGUCACCCAGCAGUCUUGAACAGCCAUACUUUGGGUUCCAUUGGGAUCAUGGCGGUCAAGAAAACCGUGGAUGGAAUCCACCUGCUCUUUGCACACAAUACCGAAUCAUUUGCCUUGGCCUCCAUGUCGAGCAAAGACAAAAAACCUAAUUGUGUGAUGUCCCGGAAGCGGAAUAAUUCGUCUAUCUCUCAGGGAGGAAUGAUGAUUCGUCCACCGUGA